AUGGCCGCAAAGUCAAAAAACCGCAAAUGUAGCGGAAAUCAUAAAAAGAGACUAUUUGUCGGAGAAAAUACUUUUCGCGGUAUUUGGUCAUUGCUCAAGAAGCAUAAAGGUAACCAUCCAAAUUUAGGGGAAUCUAUUACUGCCUCAGAAAUUAAUCCUCUAAAUGAACGCAAUGAAAUGUCAUGUGGUUAUUGUGAUAAAAAAAAUGGCCAGCAUUAUAAACGUGAAUUUUGUAGCAAGUUUUGCCGUCGCAUCGAAGGAUUAAAAAGUCGUGGAGUAACAGUAAUUUUGGGCCUAGACGCAGAGAAAAUCCAUGAGCAUUCGCAAACAAAAAAUGAAAAAUUUGAUCGUAUCCACUGGAAUUGCCCUCAUGAUGGAUCAGGUUAUCGAGAACAAACUUUGCCUCUGAUACUCAAGCGAUUCUUUGAAUCAUCAUCUAAAGUACAGGAUAAAGGAGGCAGAAUUCAUAUUACUCUAGCGCAAACGGAGGAAAAAUGGGCAUUUUACCAAGGGUAUAUUUAUAAUAUUACUGCUGCAGCAGAAUCUAAUAGUUAUAGCUUAUGUGCUAAAAGAUCUUUUGGGCCUGAAAGGUAUCCUGGUUAUUGCCAUCGAAAAACAAAAAGUAGAGAAAAUGCACUGGCCGCGAAUAGGUUAAGAGAGUUUGUUUUUGUUAAGGUUGAUAAUCAGACGGAUUGCUGUGACCAGGAUACCGAAACUGAUAUCUUUUAUGGAGAAAAAAGGAAAUACUAUACCAGAAAUACAGAUAAUGAAUCUUCAAGCUACUCAAAGUCUGCCACGUCUUCAAUAACUUCAAGCAACGAUGAUAGUAGUUCUAGCAAUCAUACAUAUGUAUCUUUAAGCAAUUCUAAUAACGAUACUGAUACAGAUAUAUUUGGUUUCUUAGCAAUUUCAAGUGACGGCACUGAUACCGAUGUUAGUACUGAAUUUUUAACCGAGAUGAUGCACAAUCUAGCCAAUUAG